AUGGUAGACCACGGCGCCGCCUCGAAUCGCUGCCGCAUCAUCCCCGCCCUGGCCGACUGCGGCCUCGUCGUCCGCCCUGAUGGACUCCACUGGGGCUUACAUCUUCUACGCUGGAGGAAGGGAUGGCUGGUGUUCAGGUACAAGAAGGGGGAGGACUCUGUUCUGGUGGUGAGCAAGCAGGAUUAUGAUGCAUGCGACGUGAGCAAACCGAUCCAGAAGCUCGACGGAGGCGAUUCCGUGUUCAAGUUCGAUCGGUCGGGGCCGUUCUACUUCAUCAGCGGCACGCCUGGGAACUGCCAACGAGGGCAGAAGCUGGUGGUGGUGGUGGUCAUGGCUGUGAGGCACUGUCCGCCGAUCUCUUCUCCUCCUUCCCUCCCUCUGUCGCCGCCUCCUGUUUCUUCCCCUGCGCCGCCCCCACCCCCAUUUCCGGAACCCAUCAUCCAACCCAACACCAUCCUUAAUGGUCCCUUAGCGUUUAGAGAUGUAUGCUGCAGUUGA